AUGCUUGUGAAGGAGCUGUUAAGACUGUACGACAAGCCCAAGGUGUCUCAGCUGGAGGCAGUUCUUUUCAAGAGGAUCACUGAGGAUGAAGCGAGGCACAUCUUGUUUCUUCCGGAUCACGACCAAGCGGCGCACUACCCGACGUUGAUCGCCAACCCUCCCAAGGGGGCGCCUGCGGAGCACCCUCAGCGCGCUCUCCAGGUCCCGCACCUGAGCCUCCUGUACCUACAUCACUUGAAGCGGUGGGACUUCGUGUCCGCCUUUGUGCUAUCGGGCGGCCUGCACGCCCUCUGCUCCUUGUUCACGCACGACAACCUCGUCAUCAGAAUGAAGGCCAUCACCAGCCUCGUCAGCAUCACCGCCCACCCAGGCUUCGACUGGUUUGCCCCGCCUCCUGGCCGCAUCAAAGGCAAAACAAACAACAGCAACACAACUGAAGCAAGGCUGCACCGCGCACUACUAGGCCUCCGAUCGGAGCCCGCGUUCAUCUCCGGCCUCAUAGCUAACUCUUGGAGCGGGGGUGCGGCCGAUGAUACGGACGCAACUGCGAUCAAAGCAACAGACGGGGGUCGGGGAGACAAGACGUUUCCCGGAGCUUGUCUGAUGUGCCUGGAGUUGCUGGCGAUGUGGCUCAGCUGGGUCCGCGCCCUGCACACGGUAGACGGUACGCUCCGGCUCAGCCGUCCCCUGUUCCGCGCCAUCGAAGAGUGGGCGGGCAAAGGUGGCGAGCGAGAAGGAAACAUCGAGUGGAGUGAUGAGAGGCUGCCGUUGACGACCCUGCCGCAUACGAAGAAGCCGUGUGGCGACGGCAAGGCAGAGGGAGGAGGUGCUAUCGUCGUCGCUAGUGGAGAAGUUGUCGAUGUUGUUGCUAUUGGGGGCGCUGACGUAACCAAGAAAGAAAAAAUAACUCCUGCGGCAGUGUUGGCAGAGAAAGACUCAGGAGCGGCGGCGGCGGAGGCGGCGGCCGAGGGCGACGGGAGUUCGACCGGCGGAGGGGCGCCUGCCGGCGAUAUCGAGGCCGAAACGGCGGCCAUGAUUCAGGCGGAACGCAAGGAGCGCGCCGAGGUGCUCGAGCUCUCCAGGAAGCUUGUGGCCGACUUCGCCCGUUUCCCCCCGGCGGAGCAGGAGUGGGAAGGGGUGGAAGAAGACGGCGGGGAGAGAAGUGGUGGCGAUCUCCCCCGGGGAGGCGGAGCCGCCGCUCCGGCACCGAACGAGGAAGGAGGGUCGUCGACGGCAGCGGGCGGGGGCUGCUGCGACGAUGAAGCGCGCGGUUCCGGCGACAGCGGCGGCAGAGAGGAAACAAGCAAAGCAGGCGGGGGGACACGCUCUUCUCUUCCGUCCGGAGCGGCAGAAGCAGCACCGGAGCCUCCUCCGACGUCAGCCUUCACUCGCAAAGCCCUUGCGCUCAAGAUUGAAGGCAACGAAGCUUUCGGAGAGGGAGACAUGCAAGCGGCGAUGGAGGCGUACACAAAGGCGCUUGGCGUUUUGAACGGGGCCGCCACGGAGACCCGGCCCUUGGAGGGUGCGCCGAAGAACAAGAUGACGACGACGACGACGACGACGGAAGAGUUGGAAGCAUCUCGGGCCGAGGCUACCGUGCUAAGCGGGGUCCUGCAUAGGAACCGCGCGGCGGUGGCGCUGCGCUUGUUUAACUCCAAGGCGGCGGCGGCGGCGGUCGCGAAAGAAAGAGCCACCGAAGACAAUCAAAAGAACGAGGCCGCACCACGAGGUGAUGGGGUCGAUGGUGGGAUCAUCAGCAGCGCCGCCAGCUGUUCGCGACGCCAGCCUUCGACACACCCGACGCCGCCAGGCCGGAGGCGAAGGGUCUCGUCCGGCGAGGAGCGAAGAACCCAAGAACAAACGGACGACGUGCGCAAAUCCCUCGAGCUGUCGCUCGCGCUGCUGGAGGAGUGCGAAAGCGACUGCUUGAGGGCGAUCGAGGUUGACGCCGGCGAUAAGAAGGCCCGCCUGCGGCUGGACAAAUGCCGGGAGCUGCGCCGGAGGUGUUACCGGGGGGGGCUGGCCUCCGCUUCCGCCGGCAGGGAGGGUUGCUCGACUGCCCACUCUAGGCAGGACGAAAGUCUCCAGGGGCGAAAGGCCGAUCUUGUUGCCAAGAUCCUCGCCCGAGCAGAAAAGUCUCACGAGAUCACCGGAGGAAGCGGCGGCAGCAAUAAGACAACCACACCCGCUGCUACCACCGCCGCCGCCACCGUCCCCAAGGACUCAUCCUUCUCGACCGCAAGCGACGGCGGUUCUAGCCAUGGCACAACCGCUGUGUCCGGCGACAGCGGCGGCGGCGACGCAAACAAAGCGUUGCUUGCGGGCGCGAGCCGGCACGGCGCCAGGGUUGACAGCGGUGGCCGCGGCGGCGAUGAUUGUGAGGACCGGGAGGGACUGCCAGCGGCAGCUACCGCCAAAGGCGGGGCGGCUCCCGUUCGUGCCCGGAAGCAGAGUGAGCGCCACGCGCCGCGAGAGGGUGGGGAGUUGAGAGGGGCGGCGGUCGCCCGAGCCUCUGCCGAACACACCGCGGCUGCCGCAAGCACUCGACACGGGAUGAAACGCCACCACCACGAGCAGGAGACAACACCCCCCCCUGCGGGUUUGCCGUCCGACGGUCCCCUCCGUGGUAGCGGUAAUAAUAGCGGUGUGGUUGGAGCAGACCGUAUGGUCUCGAACGGAGACCUCGGCAAGAAAACUCAGAAGAAGAAGAAGGUGGUAUCGAAGGAGAAGAAGAAGAAGAAGAGCGGCGAGCACGGCCAAGGCAACAGCGCGGCGCGAUCGUCCCGGCACGGCAAGGCCGACGCGGUGGCCGUGCGGAGCCUCCGCCAGCGCCUGGAGGGCGUCGCCGCGAGAGCGGCGAAGGCGGGCGCGGGGCAAGAGGGCGGGGACAAGAGACAGGAGGAGGCCGCAAGGGAGGUGUGGAGUGUUCUCGCCGACGGUGGGGUCUCGCUGGAGAAGCUCUUCGGGGACGGGAUCACGGCGGAGACCCUCGUGGGCGUCGCGCUGGGCCUGAGGCACGGAUGCGGGAUCGACGGCGGCACGAGCGAUGCCGAGCGGGCGAGUAAGCUCUUCGUGGAGCUCUCAAUGGUGAAAAGGGUGGGCCUGGUGUCUGCCAUGUGCUCGGCGGACGACAGGCUGCCCCUACAAGACGCCUCGGAUUGCAUCCGUCGGCACCACCAAGGAAGCCCCAAGGAGCACUGCGGCCGGCGUCUUCGGCCGAAGGGAUGCAGCGGCGGCGGUGGCAACGACGGAGAAAAAGACGAAGCCUUGCCACAGGGGUGUGGAGGAGAGAGUCGCCGAUCGGCGUUCGAAGCUGCUGUUUUCACGCUGGGGUUGUCACAGUAAUGGUGGUAUGUAGCACUGGAGUCUCCUCUACACGCAGCUGUGGCGUGCCAUUCUUGCACCCCCAGGUGGAAGAUUCCCGCCCCUUGCGAUGUCGUGCACGAGGCAGAGGAAGAACUUUCUGACGAGGUAGGGCGGCACGCGCUCCGCCUACCCACCCGCCCCAGCUACGACCUCUAGACUAUGUAUUUGGUAGAGGUGCGUGUUCUCCUUGUGCGUCAUCACCAUGUACGGUGUUUGAUGUCGUCCUUCUGUGAAGAGCUGUGCGGAGGCAGACAGUUGAGCAGCAAUGGGUUCGUGAAU